AUGGACAGCAAUAAAGAUGAUGAUGGACUAUUGAACAGGAUUGCAUUUCCAGGAGCUAUGUCCCUGGCUAACAGCCAUGUGCAUCCUCAUGGAGUUCCCCUGAGAGAGCCCUUUGGGGUUCCCUUCCAUCUGGACCCGUCUUACUGGGAGCAAGCCUACCGCGGGCACGCAGGUCGCAUCUCCUACAUCCCAUUCCCUGGCUACAUGGGCAUCUAUGACUAUUCCUUUGAGCCUGCCUUCAUUCGAAAGAGGAACGAGAGGGAAAGGCAGCGGGUGCGCUGCGUGAACGAGGGCUACACACGCCUGAGAGAGCACCUGCCCAAGGAAUUUGCUGACAAGCGCCUCAGCAAAGUGGAGACCCUGAGAGCUGCAAUAAGCUACAUCAAACACCUGCAGAGCUUGCUGGACUGCCACCCCUUAGGGUCUAACAGUAAGGAAACGCUCUCUGCCAAGGAGCUCCCAGAAGCUCCCAGUCCUGGUCCCCUGCGGGAGUGCAACAGUGAUGGAGAAUCUAAAACCUCUUCAGCUUCAUCCCCCUACAGUGAAUUUGAGGAGACAGGCAGCUAGGUAACAGCCUCUCUGGAGACAGAAAGCUUCGAGUUCGGCUGAAAACCAAAUCUAAAACCCUGGGGAUUUUUCUACAAAUGAAAAUGAAUACCAGGAAAAGGAAAAACAGCUAGGGGAAAAAAAAAGGUAUUUUCAAUCUGUCAAAGGACUUUAAAAGUUGUCUGUACAAAACCUAAAGAUGAUUUGUUAGCAAACAGAUAUCUCUCACGUUGCUUCAGCUGUGUUACUAAACUUCCUCUGGAUUGUUAAAACUGAAGCAACGUUUGCAUUCUACUUUUCAUUCAGCUUGUAUUCUGUUUGUCUAUUUUCUUUUG